AUGUGCGACAUCCCCUUCUUCCCCAUCUUCCCCAUCUGCUUCCAAUGCGGCACCGAUCAGAAUCCUUGCCACUGUAAAGUUGUCGGGCCGACGCUAGCCCUACAAUUUGUCAAUGCCAAUGCUGACCCGACCAGGAUUCUGCGCUACUAUCGUCGCGGCGGUGUGUUACCCCCAAUCCCAGUCCUAGCCGGCAUACCCGGUGAUACCUGCAGCCCGAUCUUACCAGGCCCCCAAUCUCACUCCCGCAAUUUUGCCCGACCGGAAUACCGAAUGUGGUGGCUGACGUCUAAUAUAGGUGAUCUGCUGGCCCGCCUCGAUCUUUUGUGGCUGUGGUUGUACCCAGACGGGUCGAGAGCUGAUGGUGUCAAUGCUAAUCUAUUGCUUAGUGUGCUCGGGUACCCGGUUAAGUUGAAUGGGCAAGUCAGUAAUGCGAUACCAUUCUGA